UGAAAAAACAGUUCAAUAGGCCUAAUAAUGUUUUACAAAGUUGGAGCAUUGGAAGCAACAGGCCUAAUAAUAUUUCUGAUAAAAAUUACGGUUUUGCACUCUUACAGUACAGUACAGCCUGCAGUGUUCGGAAGACUGUGUUGAAGAAAAGUGAUGGAUAGUGUUGUGAAAGUUGAUGUUUUGACCAGUUUGACCUUGCAAAAGACAACAUAUGCAUUGGAAUAACUUGUUCACAACUGUUUGAAUAUGAUUUAUGGCAAAUGGCUUUUAUACCCAUAGGUAUCAGGUAAUGUGGCCACAAUGUUGUGAUAGCUUACCAUUGCUAUUAACAUAUAAGCCAUGAAAAAUGUCAACAAAACUAUGGUCAACAUUGCAACAUUCCCCUAAUUACUAUUUGGAUUUUCUGUAUAUUUUACCUAUAAAGUGAGAGACCUUACCCAAUUUUGGGGUCACAGUUUACAUUGAAUGUUAUAGCAGACAAAAUCAUAAAAUUACUCAAUAUGAUGUGAUAUCUGGACUUGCCAGUAGUGAAUUUAGAUCAAACUUGGCUUGCUGUAAUGAUAAGUUAGUUCUAAAUCAAUUAGACUAAUUGUUUAUUGCUACAUUUUGGUAACUUUCAUCAUGAUUGAUUUUGUACUAUUGGUAACUUUGAUUUCCUUUAGGCCUAAGGUAUAAUCCUCAAAUUAUUUAAGCGAAAAAAACAAUAUAUGUAACUAUGUUUUCAAAUAAUUAAAUUUCAUAUGCUUAUACAUGUUAGAAUUGUGAUAUUAAAGUUUAUAAUAAUUCAUAACCUAACUUAAAUUUACAAUAUGCAUCAAUUUUAAUAUUUUACAGCUAUAAUUAAUAGUAACUUUGAAUUGCCAAUUUCAGUCUACCAUCUGUGUAUUUAAUAGUUUGUUCAUUAGAUGGCGCUACAUUAGAGUACCAAAUAUGAUUGCAAACAAGACAUUAGAGCUUUUAAAUGUUUUAAUAAUUGCUUAAAUUUGUGUUUUAUAAUUUAAAGCAGUUAAUUAGAUAUGGAAUUUAUAUUUGAUAGCUUCUGUAACUUUACAAGGUAAAUCAUGGAAGAUUUGUAAACUAAUGUCAUUUCAACUUCGUAUUUUUAUGGUUGGGAUUAUAUGGAAGCAUAAUUUUCAGUGGAAGAGAGUUGAUAAAUCAUGUAUAAUGUCUACUAAGGUUAAGAUUUCUCUUAAUCUUUUAAACAGUGUUUGCUAACUUGUAGUGUAUUUGUUUUCUAGUGUUAUGAAAAUGCUAGAUAUUCAUUAAGUCUUUUGGAUGAAUUUUAUGUAUCAAGAAAAGACAUAAGAGUGCCAAGGAACUCAGCCACAUGAAAGGCUGUGACCUUGGUCUGUCUAUUUUUCUUAGUUAGAAUAUACUUGGAAUUCCAGGGAUUGGGAGCGGAACUGGAAGCAGGAAGACCUAAUGCAAUUUUUAUCAGUACAACUUGGCCAGCCUAUUAACUAACAGCUAAGAACCUGUGUAUGAAAGCCUGGUUGCCUGUACAUAUCUCAUUAAGUUAGCUGUACAUGUUUAUUUUAUCACACUAAUUGGGCCCUAUUGACCCCUAGCUUCCUAUUCUUGUUGCCAGAAGAUUGAGUUCAUUAAAAUGUUUUUAACCAGUACCACCCCCUGUCUGAGGUUGAAGGUUUUCUCUAGCUUUUUAGCCACAGAAGAUUUCCCAGCAAAACUGGUACUGUUAUACUUUCUGGACAGAUAUGGCUGAGAAAGUGAGGAAUGAAACUUAAAUGACUAAACAGCCUAUGUUAGAAUUACCUCUGGAAUUAGAAGUUCAAAAGAAGUGCACAGCUAUUUAUACUUAUUGAAAUACAACAACAGAAACCUGUAAUACUAGAGAAAGGAGAAAGUGUAGUGUCUACAUGUGUUAACUUGAGGAUAUGAAGUCUGCCAUUUCUUUACAUAUCUCAUCAUCCAGCAGCUGUUCUGGAAAACCACCUGAUAGAAAGUUAUGUGAAUCAAAUCUUUCUCAGUCUGAAAAUAUCAGUAAUUGUAGAAUUUGGGAUAAUCAAGCCUCAAGUGCUCCACAUAGUCACUAUUUUACUUCAUUGCCAUCUUGUCAUACAUUGGUGCCAGAUUUAUCUGCCAGCCAUAUAUUUGUCCCACCAUCUGAGAAAAAUAAACAGGUUUCAUGUUGUUCAACUGAUAAGCUCAAGCCAGAUGAAUCAUCAUUUUCAGUCUUUCAUUGCAACUGUAAUGAAAGCAUUAAACUACCUCAAGUGUCAGCUGUAGAAACCAAAUCUAUGGAUGCUCUAUAUAAUCAUAAAGAGACUUGUGAGGAUAUAUCUGCUGGUUUCUCUUCUACUUGUAAUCAGAAUGGGAUCUUUACCAGUUAUUUCCAGUAUGACAAGAAACAGCAGGAACAUUCUGAGAAAAACUGUUAUAUAAAUACUCAUAAUGAAAUAACAGUUGGCUCCAAUAGUGAUAAAAGAAUCUACAGCUCAUGCACAGAUUUCUGUGAAGAAACAGAUCAUGAAACUGUUAAACAAAGAACAAAUUUGUUUUUGUAUGUAAAUAUCCCAUCUCUUCUGGGAUUGAUGUUAUGAUCAAAUGGCAUGAUGGUUAUUUCUAUCCUGGCAGAGUUUUAGAUCAAAGUAUAGAUGGACGUUGGCUUGUGAAGUUUCAUGAUGGUGAUAUGAGGGUACUACAUGAAAAUCAACUUUUAGCUCUGUCUGUACUACCUAAAGGGCAAAAUGUGUUUACUCUAGCAGAAGAUGGAUAUGCUGACCAAGGAGUGGUCUACAGCUACCUUAGAGAUGGGGAUAAGGUUGAUUAUAUAAUUAGACAAGAGAAUAAAGCAUUCCAGAGAUUUACAAAAGGAUUAAUAAUUUUGUCUCAAGAUCAAGUUGACAUACUUCUUUCCUUUCAAAAAGAACCUACCACUUCAUGUGUUUUUGAAGAUAGAUGUGCUACAUCUAAAGGAGGUAUGCUAUUUGAGGGUUUGGCUUUUUUGUUGACUUGUAGCAGUGAAACUAAUCAAACCAAAAAUAACAGAAGUGGGACAUCACAUCUAGAAAUAUCUGACUCAGAAACAAGUGAUGAGGAAGAGGAAGAUUUACUUGCUAAUCUACCAGCUUUUGACAAGAAUAGACUCGUAGAACAAAUAGAAAAAGCUGGAGGAACUUUGGUAAACAGCUUCGAAGAAGCACAGGUUGUUCAAGUAGAACAAGUCUUUCUGGUUGCUGAUACUUACCUAGAAACAUAUAAGUACAUUCAAAGCAUAGCUGCGGGUAUUCCUUGUAUAUCACAUGUCUGGGUUAAUAAUUGUUGUUCCAUGAACUCCUUGUUAGACUACCACUCCUAUCUCCUUCCUACAGGUUACAGUGUGGUUGAAAAGAAAUUGAUUGAAUGGCAUUUCCAGACUUCUAUAUUUGAAAGAUAUCGUGUGCUUCUUGUGUUUACCAACAACAAAAUGUCUAUCAAAAACUGGAUAGUUGACACUACUGGCAGCAAAAUCAGAGGUGGUACAGUGUCUAACUGAAUUGGAGGAUUGUUCAGGCAUAUUCCACAUUGAUGUGAUUGUAACGGACUCCUCCUGCCCAGAUUAUGUGGUAAAAGGAGCUCAACAACUAAGUAUUCCUCUUGUGUCAACAGAAUGGAUUGUUCAGUGUAUCAUUAAUGGCUGUGUACUUCCCUUUGACUCUCACCCUAAUUUUCAUUUUAGAUAUCAAGACACGUCAUCAGUCAAUGGGACAAAAACUUUAUAGUGUUUUGUUCAUGAUCAUUAAAAAUAUUAUAGUCAAAUUGGUCAUUUUCAGUGGCUCUUUUACUGGUGUUUGAUGAAACUUUACAAUUAUGAAAUUAGUUUCUUCUUAAAAUUAUAAGAACAUUGCUUUAAAGGCAGUUUAAAUAAAAACAUUUCUGAAUCAUGACAUUUUAUUGACAGUUGAAUGUUUAAAUAAUAGAUGUUUUAAUGUAUAAUAAAGUUCUACCAUAAAGUAAUUUCUAUAUAGACAAUAUUAUUAGUUCUUAAAAUGUAUAGAUCUCUUGUCAAUUAUUAUUGUCAAACAAUUGUACUUUUUGAGUAAAAUCUUAAUUUAUCUUGACCACACUUUGCUUUCUUGUUAUACCAAAAACGUACAUUUUAUAUUAUUUAUCAAAAGUUUUAUGAUUAUGGCAUUAAAAUCUGCUAUUAUUUUAUGAUAAUUGUUAAUUUGAUAUUUACUAAUGACCUAUAUUAAUGGUGAGCCUGAUUCACUUUUACUUGCCUCUGUUGUAUAAUUGAUUUUCAUAUAACAACAUGAUACAACAUGAAAAAAAAUACCUGAAUGCAAUAUAUAUAUUUAUUAAUACUACUAAUUAUUUUAGAAAUUAAAGAAAAACAAGUUACGUUUUUAGAACAAAUGUGUUGAUAUUUACCUUGUUCUUUUAUGCAAGUUGAAAUACAUAUAUUUUAAUAUAAAUAGCAGAUCAUGUGCAUUACCACUAGUCACAAGAUUUUGUCUUGAAAUCCAAUUUAUUUUACAGCAUAUAAUAAUAUUUAUUUGUUAUAGUAAUCUUUCAUUAAAUACUUUUCAGCAGCUACAAAAAAUUGAUAUUCUAAAAGUUGAAUAACAGAUCAAGUACGUAUUAAAAAAUCUAUGUGUAUAGAGUUGAUAGAUUCGAUUUUAUAUGGUCAUCUAAUUUUUCUUUGAGAAAACCUGAAAAUUAUUACUUCUAUAAAAAUAGUAUUGUUACUGGUUUAUCACUUGUGAUUGUAUUCGGUGCAGGGUUUUAUCAAAGGCUAAUUUUGGUCUGAAAAGUCAUAAAAUCAUUUUUAGAUGGAAAAGAAAUAUUAUUUUUGUAAUGCACACAUGUAAUGGUACGUCUGGCUUGAUGUUUUCACAGAAAAAACAGUCCAUAUGUGCUGUUUAAAUAUUUUAUGAAAUCCUUUUCUUCCAUUAUCCCUUUAUAUUUGCAUAAAUGUAUUUAUAUGAGUGUGUGUGUGUAUAUACGUGAUAAAAUCAGAUGAAAAAAAUCAAACAUCCAGAAAUGAAAAUAAAAUAAAGACCAUGAUCCAACCUAUGAUAUGGGAACUGUAAUUGUUUAACAUCUACUUUUUAGAGCUAUCCACAGACCACAGAACUAAGAUUUACAUAAAAGUAAAGAUACCACAUCUUACAUCUCUUCUCAUAGUGUAAAACAUGUUUUAGUAUAUUCACAUCAUUAAAUGUUAUUCUCAGUGUACGUUUGACUUCUACAGUGCAAUUUCUGCUUAUUUCACACACUAAUGACGACAAGAAAUAAAAAAGUAAAUAACUUUGCAUCAUUUAAGAGGAUCUUGUUCGGUUAGUUAGCUACUAUCCAGUGAGGGUUCAGGAUGGAUGUGAUUGUAUUUCAUUAAAAUAUUGGUUUAAAAUACUUGAAAUUAAUAAUAUUUUUUGAACCUUAUCAUUUUGGUUCUUUAUUUGCUUAACAUUUAACCACAUAUUACAGGAAUGGAAAGCCAACUUCAGAGGACAUGUUUCUUUCAUCUCCACCACCAUUUGUUCUGUUAUUCUGACCUUAGUUUUAUCAAAUAACUUUGUUUUUGCUAACAGUGAAUGCUUUUUUGGUUUGUCUAUAUAUAUGUAGUAAACUUAUAUAUAUAUAUUACACAAAUACAUAUUAAAACAGGUGUUUGUAAUACGAUCAACUAUUUCUAAAGGUGUAUCGGUUAUUCUUUACAAUACAAAAAUAAUACAAGUAGACAAUUUGUUAUAGCCUUGGGGCUAGGAUACCAUUAACCUUUUUCCUCCGAAAGGGAUCACUUAUUUUAACUACUCACACCACUAUCCAGUAGUGUGUUUUCUGUCAGUAG